AUGGCAGAGACGUAUAGCAAUAGCAGAACUAUGCGAUCAGUCGUUUUCGAUGGUCAUCCGCUCAAGGUUCAUGUCCGCGAUGUUCGGAAGGCAAAUGUCAUCAGGCAAACGGAUGCCGUAGUUCGGGUCACUUCAGCAGCUAUCUGCGGCAGCGACCUGCACAACUACCACGGUGUCUUUGGCAGCGACCAGGUUCCUUAUCCUAUUGGACAUGAGGCGAUGGGUAUCGUCGAGAAAGUCGGAGCAGAUGUCGAUUCCGUGAACGUUGGGGAUCGGGUCAUUAUCCCUGACAUUCCUGACGGCGCUGGGCUGGAUUUAGAACCAGCAAUUCGCCCUGCAGUUGCAUUAUAUGGAGAAGGACCGGAAUUUGGCAAUUUGGGAGGCUGUCAAGCCACGCCAUUCUCAACAGCCGAAUAUGUCCGUGUCCCACUUGCAGACAAAUCCUUAAUCAUUCUCGGUAGGGAGUUUGAUGAGAUCGAGGAUAAGGAUCUGGUUGUUCUUUCAGAUAUCUUUCCUACUGCCUGGACGGGGGUCACUUGGUCGGGCUUCGAGGCUGGGGAUAAAAUCGCCAUUUUUGGAGCAGGCCCAGUCGGACUACUUGCUGCAUAUUCGGCAAUUCUCCGUGGGGCCUCUCGUGUGUAUUCCAUUGACUCUGUUGAAGACCGGCUCGAACUCGCAGCUUCCAUUGGAGCCAUUCCGAUCAACUUCACGAAGGGUGAACCGUCAGCGCAGAUUCUGGCUCGGGAGCCGGGUGGCGUUCAGCGCACUGUAGAUUGUGUUGGGGAGGAAUGCGUCAACGAGAAAUUGGAGCCCGAUCAGGCCUUCGUUAUCACACAGGCGACGAAGUGCGUUAGCGUGGGUGGUGGUUUAGCGGUCAUUGGUGUACACUUUGCUGAACCGAAUUCCAAGGGAGUUCAACGAGGAGACACCAUCUCACCAUAUAUGAAAUUUCCCAUGACUCUCUUCUGGCAAAAGAACAUGACCAUUCGUGGCGGUGCAGUGGACAGCAAAUUAUUUGUUGAGCCACUGCUGGAACUUGUGAAAAGUGGCAUAGCUAACCCGGGCUUCGUUUUCUCGAGCACCAUCGACAUCGAAGAGGUACCAAAGGCAUAUCAACGAUUUUCUGCUCACCUGGAGACGAAAAUCAUGAUAAAAUUCUCCUAG